CGGGGGGUGUAGUCCUAGUGGUAAUGAAAUACUACGUGAGAAAUAAAACGGGACAGCCACCUACGGCGUGACCACCGAAACAUUGUGGCCGCCAGCGACAAAGGCACAGCUUUGUUCCCGAUUCUCAGAAUCCGAAUCGGAACGAAACAGCGUAUUAGAGGAAGGGAGCGACGGAGAGAGGACCCUUCUCUCGCCUUGUGCUCUGCUCUCGCCGGCGGGCUUGUUGUUGCGUCUUCUUCCGGAGCUCGAUUCCGCGGAACCGAUCGGAUCACUCCGGCGAGAUUUUUUGUCCCGGGAAGGAAAGAUACAGCCUUCCUUCUGUCUCCUUCUCCCGUACGGCUCUUUAGUGCUUUGGGAGAAACCAAACCCUAAUCAUCAUCUAAUAAUGAACUCCUCUGCCGCCCAGAUAGCCUCUGAUAUGAUUCCUCCGCAAUGUCCGGGUUCGCCUGCGGCUAGUGUUUCUCAAGAGCAAACCGGAUACGUGUCUGGCGAUUGUUCCCCCUCCAAAGCUGCUCUUGCCGCUACUGGGAAUUUCUCCGUUUCUUCCUUGCAGAAUGAUACUGCUUCUGAAGCUCCGCGAGAUGGCUCUGAUAACAGUGAUGGAGGCAGUAAUGCCGUAAAAAAGCUGGCUUGGAACAAACCAAACGGUGUCAUGGAGGUUGGUCCUGUGAUGGGGGCCUGGUCUUGGCCUGCUCUCUCGGAGUCCACUAAGGCUUCACCGAAAUCUGCUCCUUAUGAUUCCCCCAGAACUCCCUCUGAUCGUCCAGCCGCUUUCUCUAAGGGCACCAGUGCUCCUACUACACCAUCUCCUAAGCAUCUUCAUGCAAAUAACACAACUUUAAAUUCAACCCCAAACCAUGUACCCUCUCGCCACAGAUCUAAUAAGCGUGCUGGAGGGAACUCAAGCAGUACUGCAUUGGCUAAUGGCAGUACAUCUCAGACGCAGCCACUACAUAAUUCAGUGGUGGAGAGCGCACCUGGAAAAUCCAAUGCGGAAUCACAUUCAAGAGAUAAUGCCCACAAAGAAGGUGGGCAGAUUGGAGGUUUUGGGUCUCAAUCACAUGGUGGGAAUGACCAACACUACGUGAGAGGUUCACCCAGGAAGGGUGGUAACAAUAGACCUCGUCCCCGAGGGGAUGGAACUUAUCAUCAAGAACGUGGAAAUCAGGAUUGGAAUCAUAAUAGAAGUUAUGCAAACAGAGAUGCUCACUUGCAGCCGCUAAGGGUGCCUUCAAUGCCCUUCCUACAUGGUCCACCUCCUCCCUCCCCUCCUUUUAUUUCUCCUCUAAUGCCUAUGCGUCCCAUGGGCUCUCACAUGAUGUAUCCAGAAGUUCCUCCUCCGAUGUAUUAUGUACCAGGGCCACAACCAGAUCCGUUGGCAAUGCCCAUGCUGCCAUCUCCGCCACCUGGUGUCCCAAUGUUCUAUCCUGUUCUAGAUCCCAUAUUGGUUUCUAAAAUUGUAAACCAGAUAGAUUAUUACUUCAGUAGUGAGAAUUUAAUUAAAGAUAUGUAUUUGCGAAAGGAAAUGGAUAAGCAAGGAUGGGUUCCGGUUAAAUUAAUAGCGAGCUUCAAAAAAGUUGCUGAGCUGACAGACGAUAUACAGCUUAUUGUGAAUGCUUUAAGAACUUCAAGUGUUGUAGAAGUACAGGAUGGGAAAUUAAGGGCGCGGAAUGACUGGGCGAAAUGGAUCUUGCCACCAACCAUUCACUACUCUUCUCUUUCAAGUCCACGUUCGGAUGUGCUUAAGCAACAGCUCAGAGUGUGAGUGCUGUUACUCUGGAUGAACAACAUCAACCACAACGACAAUCUAAUGCUGAACCAUUUCUCAGUAGGUCAUCAAUCACCGCUCAGGGAAUAUCAGCUAGCAGCUCAAGCAAUUGAAGGCGGCACUUUUUUGUUGGUGGGGGUUGGAAGAACAACACAAAAUGCAAUCUUGAUGACAGGCGACAGCACUGUCUGUGACAUGAAAGCCAUGCACUUAAACUUUAAAGAGACGUUUUAAAAAUAAAAGAGAAGAGAGGAGAGAAAUCAGUUUACUAGAAAAAAUAAAAGAAGCGCAGAAGGUAAGAGAUUUAAAACGAGUUUGAAGCUGGUUUGGCUUGUUGGAAUGUUACUUUCGUUUUGUUUGACGUGGACGAUAUAACUCUCAUCCUCUAUUUACAAUUAUCCAACGUUGUGUAUUGGUUCUACUCUCCCAUGUGAGAUCCAAUAGAUGUUCUAUAUUUUUGUGAUUUAGUAGGAUUUAUAAAAUAAUAUAUGCUCCGUAUAUUGAUUGUUUUUCGGCCGGAUCUAUUUCGAUUUUAGCCAUUAUAUUAUUAUCAUAUCACUUCAAUUGUUCCACUUUUUUGCUCCC